CAAUAAUUGCUUAUUAUAGCUUGGGGUAGGUGAAGAAAUAGGGAAAUGGUCAACGUCACCUUCAUCCUAUAAAGCAAAUCCCAUUCCUUAUAAUUUCUCACUGGCAAUGCGUUUGGUAGCUCUUCACAAAGUUCCAGCUUCGAUAUUCUUUCAGAAAGGUAGCAGAUACUCAACGAUCAUGACUCAGUCAGUCAGUAACAGCAGUGGGAAGAAGCUUAUUCAAAUUGAUGUCAGUUCAGACACUGUAUGCCCAUGGUGCUUUGUUGGAAAGAGAAAUUUAGACAAAGCUAUAACUGCUUCUAAAGAUCAAUUUGAAUUUGAGAUCAAAUGGCAUCCGUUUUUUCUUAAUCCAUCAGCCCCUAAAGAAGGUGUAAAUAAGCUGCAGUUUUAUAGGGAAAAGUUUGGAUCCCGAACUGAUGGAAUUAUAGGUCGAAUGACAGAGGUUUAUAGGGGUCUUGGUCUGGAAUAUAACAUAUCAGGUCUCACGGGCAAUACUUUAGAUAGCCACAGGCUUAUAUAUUUUGCUGGCCAACAGGGUCUUGAUAAGCAACAUAAUCUUGUAGAGGAGCUGUUCCUUGGUUACUUCACACAGGCUAAAUACAUUGGUGAUAGGGAAUUUCUUCUGGAAUGUGCUGCAAAGGUUGGGGUAGAGGGGGCAGCAGAAUUCCUUGAAGAUCCCAAUAAUGGACUCAAGGAGGUCAACGAUGACCUCAAGAAGUACUCAGCAAAUAUGACAGGGGUCCCAUACUACGAGCAGAUCAAUGGAAAGCACAAGUUGAGCGGUGGCCAGCCCCCAGAGGUUUUCCUCAGAGCUUUUGAAGCUGCUGCAAAUUAACAGCCCCGCUCUAUUAACCCCUAUUUUAUUAUGCCAAGUAUCUCUUUGCAGUAUUGGAAUAAUAAAGGGACAUGUUGACAUGUACGUGCAUCCCCUGAAUUAUACUUGUAUAGUUUAUGCUAGAUGUUGGACGAAACAAUACAAAGUUUACAAUAAAUGGAGAUUUGGCUUUGUAGGCUUUGCAGUGUAUGUGAAACAUAAAUUAUAUUAUUAAAAUAUGUUUGUUUUUGUUCUUUGA